UUUUAUUGAUAAUUAUCACAAGAUGCAGCAAAUUUUACUUAUCCAAGUAUUUUUAAUACUCAUUGCGAGUGUACUAGUUUCAUUUGCACACAAUUGCUUUCUGCACAAUAAAGAUUAUAGAUGCAAGUUAGGAACAAAGACACCGUACAGAUUUAUAGCUAAUUAUGAUGAUAAUCCUCUUGAAUACCCAGGAUGUACUCCAAAAAAGAUAUGGUUAAUCUUGAGACACGGUACAAGAUACCCUAGUAAAAAGUAUAUAUCAAUUAUGAUUGAAAAAUUGUCAAAACUACAACAGAUUAUUAUAGACAAUUAUGAAAAUAAAAAGACAAGUUUGACAGAUGAAGAUGUAGUUCUAUUGAGAGAUUGGUAUGUCUCCUUCACCAAGGAUGAUAUUAUGCGACUAGCAGGAGAAGGUGGAAAUGAGAUGAUUGAUCUUGGAGAAAGAUAUCAAUCGAGGUUCCCUUCUCUCAUGCCAGAGGUUUAUAAUAAUGAGACUUAUAGGUUCAAAUACACUGCCACUCAACGCACAGAGGAAAGUGCAAGAAACUUUGCCACUGGUCUGUUCGGUAGAUACAAUAGUAAAAAAGUGUUGUAUCCAGAAGCAGAACACAAGGAUCCUGUAUUAAGAUUUUACAAACGCUGUUUGCGUUGGUUAUGCGAGGUGGCCAACAAUCCAUAUGCACAGAUGGAAACAGAAAAGUUUCUGAAGGAUGAAACGUAUACCAGGAUGUUAGAAAAUGUUUCUAAACGCAUUGGUCAUCAGAUUGAUCAUGAAACUGCAAAUUUGAUGUACAUGAUGUGUGGCUUUGAGACUGCAUGGAAAAUAGAUACAGAGUCUCCUUGGUGUAGAAUGUUCAGUUUAAACGAUUUUAAGGUACUUGAGUAUGCUGAAGACUUAAAGAAAUAUUGGAUUGAUGGGUAUGGUUACAAACUGACUUACGAGCAAGCAUGUCCUACAUUGAGGGAUAUGUUUGAUUUUUUCGCAUCUGAUGAUGGGCCAUUGGUAUCGGCAUACUUUACGCAUUCCGGCACAAUUUUAAAGUUACUAGCUUCAUUAGGAGUCGCUAGAGAUGACGAACAUUUGACUCACAAUCUCUUUCAUUUAUAUGCAGAUGAUAGAGCUUGGAAAACUGGGGUCAUCGAUAGUUUUGCGUCCAACAUAGCGUUCGUCUUAUACAAUUGUUCGUCUGGAGGCCCUAGCAUACUUUUUAUGCAUCAAGAACGACCACUCUCUCUACCUGGGUGUCCUUUACACAUACCGUGUCCAUUGUCCAUCAUGAAAGCACUGUACCCUGAUCACGAGGCAGAGUGUCGGUUCGAUGAAAUGUGUGAACUAGAUCAAACCUCAUAA